AUGGGGAGCCGCCCCACCCCUGGCCUCCAGAGAACCACAUCAGCUGGGUACCGACUGCCCUCCCCCAGGCCACCAGCCUCCCAGGGUGGCCCUGCAGCGGCCAGGGGUCUCGCUGGUGGCCGGGCCCCCCGGAGCCUGGAGGCUGAGCGGGCAGCCCUGGCAGCAGACAGCGUGCAGCAGGACCAGCUGUGGCGGGAGCUUCUGGAGGCUGAGCGGCGGAGCCAGUGGCGCUGGGCGCAGAACUGGAGUUUCCUGAAGGACUACGACCCCCUGGGCAACAAGAAGGAGCCGGUGGCGCUGCCCGACUACGUGCCUUUCUUUUCCGACACGGUCCCCAACUCCGCGAGCCGGGUGGUGGGCAGCAGGGUGGACACGCCCCUGGGCCGCGCCCUCGCGGGCAUGGACUUCUCCUUCGUGGGCGGCGUCCGCAAGAAGAGGCUGGAGGACGAGCUGCGGCCCGCGUAG